UACCACUUCAUCUACCCGGAAAAGCAGACAGUGCGAGAAAGGAAAAGGGGCUAGAACCACUGCGACAAAGGUGGGCACUGGAAAGAAGAUGUUUUAAGAAGUGCUUCAGAGGAACUUCGAGCCACGAAAGAUGGAGAAUGAGACUGUAAGUGAACUGAACCAAACCCAGCUUCAACCACACACCAUGGUGGCCCUAGAAUACCAAGUGGUCACCAUCUUACUUGUGCUCAUUAUCUGUGGUCUGGGCAUUGUGGGAAAUAUCAUGGUGGUCCUGGUGGUCAUGAGAACCAAGCACAUGAGGACCCCCACAAACUGCUACCUCGUGAGUCUGGCAGUGGCUGAUCUCAUGGUCCUGGUGGCUGCGGGCCUCCCCAACAUAACAGACAGUAUCUACGGCUCCUGGGUCUAUGGCUACGUUGGAUGCCUCUGCAUUACUUACCUCCAGUACUUGGGAAUUAAUGCAUCCUCCUGCUCAAUCACAGCCUUUACCAUUGAGAGGUACAUAGCAAUUUGUCACCCCAUCAAAGCCCAGUUUCUCUGCACAUUUUCCAGAGCCAAAAAGAUCAUCAUCUUUGUCUGGGCUUUCACCUCCAUCUACUGUAUGCUCUGGUUUUUCUUGCUGGAUCUCAACAUUAGCACCUACAAAGAUACCAUUGUGGUGUCCUGUGGCUACAAGAUCUCCAGGAAUUACUACUCACCUAUUUACCUAAUGGACUUUGGUGUCUUUUAUGUUAUGCCAAUGAUCCUGGCCACUGUCCUCUACGGGUUCAUAGCUAGAAUCCUAUUCUUAAAUCCCAUUCCUUCUGAUCCUAAAGAAAAUUCUAAGACAUGGAAAAAUGACUCAACCCAUCAGAAUAAGAAUUUGAAUUUAAAUACCUCUAACAGAUGUUUCAACAGCACAGUAUCUUCAAGGAAGCAGGUUACCAAGAUGCUGGCAGUGGUUGUAAUUCUGUUUGCCCUUUUAUGGAUGCCCUACAGGACUCUCGUGGUUGUCAACUCAUUUCUCUCCAGUCCUUUCCAAGAAAAUUGGUUCUUGCUCUUUUGCAGAAUUUGCAUUUAUCUCAACAGUGCCAUCAACCCAGUGAUUUACAACCUCAUGUCCCAGAAAUUUCGUGCAGCCUUCAGAAAGCUCUGCAACUGCAAGCAGAAGUCAAUAGAAAAGCCUGCUAACUACAGUGUGGCCCUAAAUUACAGUGUCAUCAAGGAGUCAGAUCACUUCAGCACAGAGCUUGAUGACAUCACUGUCACUGACACUUACUUAUCUGCUACAAAAGUGUCUUUUGAUGACACCUGCUUGGCUUCGGAGGUAACAUUUAGCCAAAGUUGA